AUGUAUUACGUGCGGUGCGGGGAAGAUAUCCGUAUGCAGCUGUCGGAGCAGACGCGCGUGCUGGAGGCGCGCGCGGAGGCGACCGCCGGAGUGGCGGGCGAGCUGCACGACUACUGCCGCCGUCGCGCCGACCUCGAGCACGAGUACGCGCGAGCACUCGACAAGCUGGCGCGCGCCGCCACGCAGCGCCACAAGGACCAGAAGCACAAGCGCGAGCAGUGGUCGCUGACGGGCGCGUACGCGUGCUGGCAGGCGGCGCUGGAGAACACGCGCGCGCUGUCGCGCGACCACGCGGCGCUGGCCGAGUUGUACGGCGGGCCGCUGGCGGCGCGGCUACAGAGGGCGGCGGAGGACGCGCUGCGCCUGCACCGCAAGUGCCGCGACGUGGUGGCCGAGCGCCACGAGGAGGUGGGCGCGGCGCUGGCGGAGGCGGCGGCGGCCGGCAAGGCGCACGCCGCCUCCGCCGCCGACUGGCGCGCCGCCGCGCUCAAGCUGCGUCACGCCUACGACCAGCGCCAGCGCCUCGCCGCCGCAGACCCGCCUCGCCACAAAAAGAUCAAGGCACUGGACAAGGAGUUGGAUAAGAGGCGGAGCCGGCACAGCGAAGCGCGAGUGCGCGCGCUGCGUGCGCGGGCCGACUACGUGCUGAGCCUGGAGGCCGCCAACGCCACGCUGCAGCGGUACUACCUCGACGACAUCGCCGACAUCAUACUGUGCAUGGAGGUGGGCUUCGAGACGGUGGUGGGGCGCGCGCUGCGCACGGCGGCCGCGGCCGAGAGCGCGCGCGCCGGAGCCGCCGACGGGGCCGCCGCCGCGCUGCGCACCGCCGCCGACGCGCUGGACGCGCUCGCCGACCGACAGCGCCUGCUCGAUGCGCACGCGCAGGCCUUCGCCCUGCCGCGCCCGCUGCCCUACCAGGGUACGGCUCCGGACGUCCAGGACACGGAGGUGCGCGACUUGCUGGGAUCCGCGGACGACUCGGACGAGCCGGCGACGCUGGUGGCGAGCGAGCUGGCGCAGCGCCUGCAGCAGCUGGAGGCCGGCGCGCGCACCUUGCGCGCCGAGUGCCGCGAGAACGCUAAGACGCUCGACGCCGCUGAGGCCGAGCUCGUCAAGCAGAUGGAGGGCAGCGACGCGCAGUGGGACGUGUCGGGCGUGUUCGGACCCGCCGGGGGCGGCGUCGCCGCCGUACCGCCCGGACCCGCGCCCGCCACCGAAGACCAAGAGGACUACUACCUGGCGAAAUUCCGUUCGUACGUGUCGUGCGCGGGCCGGCUGGCGCGGCUGGAGAGCAAGGCGGCGGGCGUGAGGUCGCGGCUACUGGGGGCGGGCCCGGGGCCCAGCGCGCGGGCCCCGUCCCCGCCCACGCCGCCCCGACGCGCGGCGGCGCGGCUGCGGCGCGGGCAGUUCGCGGCGCCGCUGGACCACCGCCUGCCCGUGGUGCUGACGUCGUGCGUGCGCGUCAUCGCCACCUACGGCCUUCGCCACCAGGGCAUCUUCCGCGUCUCCGGUUCGCAGGUGGAGAUGCAGGCUCUGCGCGCCGCCUUCGAGCGCGGCGAGGACCCGCUGGCGGGCGUGCGCGACGCGUCCGACAUGAACUCGGUGUGCGGGCUGCUGAAGCUGUACCUGCGCGAGGUGCGGCCGCCGCUGCUGCCGCCGCAGCUGCAGGAGCGCCUGCUGCGGGUGGCGGCGCUGCCGGACGACGAGCAGUUCGCGGCGCGCAUGCGCACCACGCUGGCCGCGCUGCCGCAGCCCGCCGUGCUGGUGCUGCGCUACCUGUUCGCCUUCCUGGCGCACCUCACCGAGUACAGCGAACACAACAUGAUGGACGCCUGGAACCUGGCCAUCUGCCUGGGGCCCACGCUGCUGGCCGCCUGGGGCGAGGGCGGCGCGCAGGUCACGGCGCAGAACCUCGUCAACGAGCUCGUCAAGCGCAUCAUCCUGCGCCACCGCGACAUCUUCCCGCAGGACGUGGCGCCCUACGCGCUCUACACGCGCUUCAGCGAGGCUGACGCGACCACUGACGACACGGACUCCGCCGCGCCCGCCCCCGACCCCGCGAACCCCGCGCACCCCGUGCAGCCCCCGCACGCCGAGCACCCCUCGCACCCCUCGCUCCCCUCGCUCCCCUCGCACCCCGACCACAGCGAGGAGCACGACGUUGGCGACGACCUGUCGCUGUACGACGAUGACGAUGACGAAGAUGACGUCACGGACGAGGACGGCGAGAGCGGCGACUGGGGCGACAGAGACUCCUUGGAGUAUCGCAGGUCCGGCAGUGCGGAGCGGCGGGCGGCCGCGCAGGUGGAACCCAAACCGGAGGAGAUGGCGGCCGCCGUACCCUCGGCAUCCACCCCCCAAUGCAGGUAA